AUGAGGAAGAUGUGUUUGAUGCUGACGAGCUCCCAACCUUUAACUUUCCAAUCUCCAGCGAGUUCCAGACCACUUCAGCCAAUACCAGACCACUCCAAGGCAUUCGGGCCGACCUCACAGCCCAGCGAGAAGCAGCACUUCCAGGCUCAGUCCAGACAGGAAUGCAUCCAGCUCAAGCCAGUACCAGACCGCUCAAGCCAGUACCAGACCACUCCAGCCAGUACGAAUCAGUACCAGACCGCUCCAAGAAGCAGCAGGAAUGCCCUUGACAGUGAACUUUUCCAGUUGAACAUGAAAGUUCAAAAUAUACUUGAGAACCAGGGAGAAAUUAUGCGCAUGCUGAGAGGGCUGGCAGCACAGUCUGUGGGGCCAGAAUCUGUGGAUGUUCAAGAUCUCAUUGAUCAGCCUUUCGAGACUCUUGAGCAGCUGAAGGCCUUCUGUGAACGGCUCGACACUGAUCUUCUGCUCAGAAAGCAGCUGGUGAAAGCUCUUGCUGCUCUAGGUGGGCAGAAUUUGGCAGACACGGUGAGGACAAUGCUGAGGAAAAUUGCCACAAACAAAGUCCUGGAGCAGCUUGGCCUCCGUGGAAAGUCAGGAAAAGUGGCGUUUGAGGACUUGCCCCUUUACAGAAUAAUAAAUAAGGCAUGCAGGGGUGUUUACAAGCAGAUGACCACAGCUGAAGUGGAUUGUGAGCUUGGAGAGGUCCUGAAACUGGCCACUUUUCGAAAGGAAGGUUCAAAAUUUGAGGAGAAGAGGAGGAAUUAAGAGGGAGGACAAAAAAGGAAAAAGAAACAAGCAAAAUAACAGAGUGAGAUGAGAGGAUUUGGGUUUCCCUGAUUGGGCUGCUGCCCCCGAGACCCGACCUCGGAUAAGCGGAAGAAGAUGGAUGGAUGGAUUUACUUCCAGGAAGAGAACCAAGAAGGGGCAGGAUACACUGACGCGCACGACCAAGACCACUGCAUUCCAUUCCAUUUAUAAAUGAUAAAUGGGUUAUAUGUCAAAGCGCU